AGCACAUCUACUAUCAUCCCAUUCAUAUCCGUCUACUACGUAUAGCGGUCGUUGCCCCGUUCCAUCUCUUCCUUCAUUUCUCUCCCCAGGUACCGGCCUAUCUCUUAUGACAUUUUUCUGCGGAUCAACAUGUUCUGAUACGGUAUACUGGAAAAAGAACAGUGGCGGAACUGCCGUCCAAUUCGUUCGUUCUAGCUACUGCGAACAAUGUCUUCCGUCUCCGGCAGGUCGUUUCCGUUGCCUAUAUUCGCCAUGCACGACAAUAUACCACAUCCAUACUGUAGCCACCAUCAUUUCCGACACUUAAUCCUAGUCUUUUCUCAUCAUCAAAUAUAAAUUGCGUAUGUUGUUGAUCAUAAAAUUGCCCUUCAUGAAGUUACAUCUACUAUAACACGAAUUGCAAUACAACGUCCUCCCCACUAUGCGUCGUCCGCGUGAAUCCCUCGACUUACUGCAAGAUGAUGAGACGUUUAGCCAGAGUCUCGGCUUCAGGUGGUGGGUCAAUCUGCACUGCAUUGACGCACACCAUGAUAUGAUUUUUUAUCAUGAUAUUACAUACUCCGAGUCCUCUGCCUGGCCAAAAAGAGAACAAAAAGGUCCUUCGAAGGUGAUCUUGGAUGACCCGAGUUUACAUGUACAAGGAUCAGUCGUAUAUGUUUGGGAAGGCCAAUUCAAGGGCUAUCACGUCAGUACAGAAGAUUUAUUUAUUCAAGUCGAGGAGCGAGCAAAGAAGCAAUAUUUCAGUCAAGAGGAAUGUUUUGCUUCAGGUCUUUUGGGGACUUUUGAUCAAAUUGAGCAGUUCAAGAUGGCUAAUCCUUACUCUCAUGACCAUUAUUAUCCCUCUAGUAUGGCUUCGAUCGACGACGACAGGGCCUCACCUGUGUUCCCUGAUUUAACUCAACACACUACUUUGGGCCAAAACAUAGGUACUGCUUUGAAGUCUGCUCACAAGAUCCACUUUUCGUCUGCUCUGCCCGAGAUGCGAAUCACCUCGCCCGGUCCUAUCAAACCCAACAAAGCCAUCGAUACUGAACCCGGCGAAUCGGACAGUGACUCCCCUUCCCACAAGAACAUGAAUCUACCUGGAAACUAUCGCAGAUCGCCUAUCGGUCCCCAGCGUCUGUUCAGUCACAAUUCAACUCAUUACAGUAAUAACAGAAUCAGUCUCGAGGCCAAACUCGAUGCAAGAGAAGCCAACCUGCUCAAGCGCGAGGCAUUUGUGAAGAGACGGGAGGUAGAGAUUGUGAAACGUGAACACGAGUUUGAGCAACGUCUCUACUCGGCCGAAGAAGCAUCCCGCAAGCGAGACGCUAAACUGUCUGAUCGCGAAGCGAUUCUCAGAGCUUGUGAAGAGAGACUUGGCCGGAAAUGGGACAAGUUAUGUGACAAUGAAGUCGAAGUCUUCGAACUGAAACAAAAUGCCCGGGAACGAUUUCAGCUUUUAGAAGAAGUGGAGGAGAUUAACGGGUUCCUCAGAGCCAAGCUCGAGCCCGUAUGCCAAUGCAUCCGAACCCCUCAUUCACCUGCCUGGGGUACUGGUAACGUCAUCCGUCCUCAAGUCCAACUUCGCUACCCUGUCUGGGUCACUGUUAUAGGUAAAGACAGGAAAGACAAAGCAGUCCGCGUGCUGUCCAUUACUGGUAUUCCCACUGAGGCCAAUGUGGCGAGGACUGCGGCCACAGAAUUCAAAAACUGGGCGUUGCCUUUUGGCCAUAUCUAUCGCAUCAGACUGAACAACAAUUGUUCCGAGAAGCUGAGCAAAUGGGCCUCUACGGAAGCAAAAUUGAUCGAUAGAUAUGGCUUUGAAAUGUUUUUCCAGAGAGUAGGGGAAAACACCUUCGUCAGGUUUGGCCCAAUGUUGGAUAUUAUUUUUGAACCUGUUAGCCCUAAUGUCGACAUUUCGACACCCGUUCCAAUUCCUUUCGCUUCAGCCAGCACAGGAUCCAUUCCAGGAAAUGGGCAAACAAGCAAGAUCAAGAAGGAAAAAGUAAAGAUAACGCCAAAAUUCCCUCCCGCCAUUGCGGGUCUUGCGAGAAACCAGCAAAAACCUGUGCCCGAAGUGUCGCCAAUGGAAUGAGCUUGACCAUCUUUGAACGAAGCGGCGGAAAUAGAAGUGAAAACUGCGUGUUCCCAGUUGUAUGAUAAAGAACUGUAUGCAUCCAGAUUGUGUG